CGACUACCCAAACUAGGGUUCUGGGUCUUCUCUCCCUAUAUUAGUGGUUUCUGCUUUCAAUUUAUUUUGGAGGGGUAAGAUGAAAAGAGGUUUUUUGCUUAGAUCUAAUGUGUCGUCUUCCAAGACUCCGGCGCCAAAAGAGAAGCCACCCUCGGAACCACCGUCUCUGAUGAUAACGACGUCACUUCCACAUGACAUCAUCGUUAACAUCUUAGCCCGUGUAUCGAGAUCCCACUAUCCAAAGCUCUCCCUCGUCUCCAAGCACUUCCGAUCAAUCGUUAGGUCGCGUGAGAUAUACGCGACCCGAUCCUCCUUGGGAUGCACGGAGCGCUUUCUCUACGUCGUCCUCUACGACCUAAAAACCAAGGAGGACCGUUGCUACCUUCUCCUCCGGGCAACAACCAACGGCAGUCAACCUCACGCCCGCUUGGUCCUUGUCCCUUCGCUUCCCGCUAUGCCGAACCGUCCGUACAGUUCGAGCUUUGUUGCCGUGGGCUCGAAGAUAUACGUCUUUGCUAGGAGUAAGGAAAGCAAUACGACGCUAAGCAUCGACUGCGAGUCUCACACCGUGCGACGUCUCCCUAGCAUGCCUGAGCCCUUGGCUCAUACCGUCGCUGACGUCAUCGACGGGAGGAUCUACGUCAUUGGGCAUCACCACAGGGACAUAGACAAGAAGAUGGUGGUGGUGUUCAACACAGAAACACAGACGUGGGAGCCUGAGAAGACAAGGUCUGAUGUGGAAGCAGGUGACACGUAUCAUGGAAGUGUGGUGAUGGCUGGUAAGAUGUACACGAAAGAUUUUGAUAGCAGCUACGUUUACGAGCCAAAGGAGAGGAGAUGGGAGACGGACGAGGUAAUGAACUCUAAGGAGUGGAGGUAUGGGUGCGUUGUUGAUGAUGUAUUGUACUAUUACGAAUGUGAGGAAGACGAUGUAGAGAGAGAUCAGUUAAGAGCCUUUGAUAGGAAGGAGAGGUGUUGGCGAGUGGUGAAAGGUUUGGAGUCAUUGUUGAGGGAGACGAGAGGUUCAUUGUGGUCACAUGUUGAGAGUUAUGGUGGGAAUCUAGCUUUGUUUUUCCCUAAAGGAGAAGGAAGAAGAAGUGAGAUUUGGUGUGCGGAGAUUUCGCUGGAAAGACGUCAAGGAGGGGAGAUUUGGGGCAAAGUUGAGUGGUGCAAUUGUCUUGUGACUGGGUUUCAGUUUACCGAUUCUCUAGAAAUUGUUGUUUGAUGACACCAUAACUAUCUUUCUGCUUCGUUUUAAACUUUUGCUUUUUUUUUCUUAAUAACAAUAUUUUGUUUGUCUU